UAUCGGCGCUUAUUUGACAGCCUUCGCAAAGUUCGAGGGAAGCCUCGCAUUCUGGCCGUCCACGUUUCACUGAGCGACAGGGUGCUUGUGCUACGGGUGGGCCGGCAUUCCAAGUGUGACAGAGCGUGCGGCAGCUCGUAUUCAUUCGCAAAGCGCACGCUUGUAGGUGCACGCGCGUCUUUACGCAUUCGCCGAGGUCGCCUCCUCGAGAGUACAACUACGCACCGCAGUACUUGUCGCGUAGGAAGCAUUGAUAACUUCAUUUGCUAGGUUGUUGCCCAAGGUCUGCGACGCUUCCGUUGCCGUCCACACGAGCUUGUCGCCAAGUGCUUAUGCUAACCAGUGAGUUUCAGGACUAGUGCAAGAAAUGGUGCUCCAAUUUGCAGCACUUCGUCGCUUUUCGGUGACGCUGCUGAAGACAAGAGAGUGCCGGCGACUGUGCCACUGUCGACCACUUAGCAGCUCGUCCAAACCGGCCGACAGAGUCAACUUCAGCUACCGGAACCAGACAUGCUCCAAACCGCUAUCUCCGGACACGCUUGGCACUUGCGUCGACACAGCUGCCGAGAAAUUUGGCGACCGUGUGGGUUGGGUGUUCGUGCAGGAGGGAAAGCACUGCACCUUCGCUGACUUCAAAGUUCAGGUUGACCGAGUAGCCCAGGGCCUGCUUUCUCUAGGCUUCUGCAAGGGAGACACGUUGCUAAUAUGGUCCCCAAACACCUUCAACUGGAUCCUGAUGGCUGCCGCGAUGGCCAAAGUUGGAAUAGUUUCCGCAAGUGCCCACUUUGCUUUGACGGCAGCCGAAUUUGAAAAGUGCCUGACCACGGUGGGCUUCAAGGGCGUCUUCAUUGCAGAACCAUUCAAGGUCUUCAACUACUAUGAGAUGCUCUCCACGCUCAUACCUGAACUCAGGCAUUCUAAGCCUGGGCAGCUCAACUGCGCCAAGUAUCCAUACCUUAAAGCCAUCAUUAUGGACGGCGACCAAACAGCACCAGGCUGCGUUUCUUUACGUGAGCUAAUGCAGGGCGGAGAAGCUCAACUGCGCGAAGCUCAAGACAAAGUGGGCAUGGACGACCCUUUCACCAUAGUGUUCACCUCGGGAACAACUGGGUCUCCGAAAGCUGCCGUCAUCAGCCAUCACAACUUCGUCAACAACAUCGUGGCAUUCCACUACAGGGCCAACUUAUCACACGACUUCGUGAUAUGCAACCCUCUCCCAUUCUUCCAUGUGUACGGAUUGAGCGUGGCUCUGGGCCGGACGUUGAUACCUGGCGUCAAAGCAGUGGUACCCUCAAAAAGCUACGACCUCACGGCCCUCUUCAAGGCCAUCCAAGAAUACAGGUGCACAGAUGUCUGUGGAUCCCCGACGAUGUACGUGGACAUGAUCAAAAGCCCGCUGCUCAAGCAGUACGACGUUUCUUCCCUCAAAAGAGUUGAGUGCGGGGGCAACCUUGUAACGCCGUCAUUAAGAAAGCUUGUUCGAGAGAAGCUCAAUAUUCCAAUGAGGAUAGGAUACGGCGCAACGGAGCUAACCACGGCGACUACCAUAGUGUGCGAAGAUGACCCAGAAGACAAGCAAAUUAACACUGUAGGCUGCCCCUUACCGUACCUUGAGGUCAAAAUAGCAGACCCUGUGACAGGCUGCGAGCAGCCUAUAGGCGCACCAGGUGAAGUUUGGUCCCGAGGUCACCACGUCUUCCUCGGUUACUACAACGACGAGCAGAAGACACAGGAAUGCAUCACGCCCGCCGGCUGGUACAAGACUGGCGACGUCGGCAUAAUGGAUGAAGAUGGCUACCUGACCAUCGUGAGCCGCAUCAAGGACAUUGUGAUACGGGGUGGGGAAAACAUCUUUCCAGUUGAGGUGGAAGAAGUGCUCAACACCCAUCCUGCCGUCCAUGAGAGUCUGGUGAUCGGUGUGCCAGACGAGCGGAUGGGGGAAGAGCUCUGUGCGUGGAUAGUACUCAAGGAGAACGCCAACGUCUCAGAGGAAGAAUUGAGAGAGCACUGCGAAGGAAAGCUCACUCGUUUCAAGAUGCCACGGUACUUCAUCUUCGACCCCAAGGUUCCGAGGACUGCCAUCGGAAAGGCGCAAAAGGCCAAGAUGCGUCCCUUGGCAGCAGAAAUUCUAGGGCUCACAAAAUAAACCUUCGUCUAGCAUGAAGUCCCAUUUGUAAAUGAAUAUGAUGGGCCGUGCAACAUUUGUAUCAAUACGGGCCUGAUUUGGCGAUGGCACUGGUCUCGUAUGAUCAUAAAGCACCUUUACGUGUUUUUCACGCGAAAGCCUUAUAUGCCCCAUUAGGCGAAAAUCUGACGUUGUCGGCGGCUGCGUGACCGAAAGAUGGUACCAAAAAUGGCCGACAGCGUGAACAGUGAAAACACACAAGGGUACGGAUCGACGUCAUAUUUGUCAGGCAGGUUUCUGUUAACAAAGUCAAUUAUUUUCUAACACAUUUCUGAACCUAUAGGGAAGUCGGAGAGAGACUGCUGCCCGCGUGCUCUGCUGCGAGGGAGAAACGACGUCACUAUCAGCGAAAUCAAUGGAGCGCCGCAUCUUCCGCCGGAGAUGUUUCUGUGGUCGGACCACGAGUGUUUCGCCAAGGCAUUUACAGCUUCGCUUCAGAAGUAUUUCUUUUUUAAUAUUUCAUCACGAUAGUGUCUUAACCCCGUCGCCCGCUCUGACCUCUCCCUGCGAUAAUACGUUGACUUUAUGCCCACUCAACGGUGAAUUUGUCCGUUCGUCGGGUAAGAAAAAUGCAAUGGCUCGUACCCCGCUAAACAAUGGCUCAUACCCCGCAGUUUUGUUUCUGUGGUAGGACCACGAGUGUUUCGCCUAGGCAUAUACAGCGUCGCUGUAAAAGCAAGGGUCAACGAGCUGCCGACGCCAUAGAAUACAACGAUGACACACAUGGUUGUUGAAAUGACCUGAUACAUAUACAUUCUGAUGAUAGAUCUGUAUUCUGUUUAUUUGUUAUGGUGAUUAUUAGCCUCUCUUUAACGUAAUUGAAUUGUACUUGACGUCCAAUCACGCCGAUCCCUAUCGGGUCUCCUUGGCUGCCCUACAAGAGGGUUAAACGUAAGAGUAGCAAAUAAGGGCGCCUGUUAGUGCCCGCUCCUUGCUAGUGCCCAUACAUGGUAUUGGUUUAUUUUGAACGACCGAGGUAACUGCUGUGCCAUAUGUGGUACUAAAGAAAUUCACGGUUAAAUUCCACGCGCGUGCGUAAGUUGAGUGCUAGCGAGACAGCGCUUAGCAAAAAGAUUGAUAUGGAGUACACGUCUGCAUGCUGAUAAAGAAAGUACGGCAGAACUCAAGUCGCUAUGACUGUCGACGGCAUUGCGAAUAGCAAUCGCGCAAUGUAUUGAAAUGCCGUAUUCCUGUCCUCACUCUUUAUUUACCACGUGUAGUGGUAAUUCUGAGACUUUGUUUCCUUCGGCUAUAAACCCCAUACUCUGACAUCGUCUCACUUUGUUAUGACGCUCACUUAUGACGGCAAAGUGAUGACGACCACAUAAGAACAACUAGGCGACGGUGAUUCUAUUACGAAGGUGGCGUGACGACGAUGGUAUGAAAAAAUUAAAAUUAAAUUAUGCGGUUUUAGGUGCCCAAACCCCGAUCUGAUUCAGAGGCACACCGUAGUGGGAGACUCCAGAAAUUGGGACCAUUGGGACACGUGUGUUUUUGCAGUUCACCCCCAUUGAAAUUCGGCCCACGUGGCUGGGAUCAGAUCCCGCUGCCUCGUGCUUAGCGGCCCAACACUAUAGCUAUUAAGCAACCGCGGCGGGUGUCGAUAAUAUGGAGACAUCGGGAUAAAGAAACGGGAGUGAAGACGAUGGCAUGACCAAGAAAACAUGACGACGACGGUAUAGAAACGGAUGCGUGAUAGCGUCUGCGUUAUGACGACGCUAUGAUGACAAUGACAUGACAACGGCGGCACAGUCACAAAUGCAUGACGGAAGCGUGAUUACGGGAAUAAGGAAGGACGUCAGUAGAUCGACGAAGGGUGUAUGACGUCGCCGGCAUGACGACAAUGAGAUGAAUUCACUGAAGUGAUGACGCUGUUGAAACGACAGCAUGACGACUAUAGGGCCGUUUAUAGUCCGACGUAAUGCCCGCGCGCGCGCGCACGCUACGUCACGUCGGCGAAAACGACACCUCUAUAGUCGGGCGCACCGGCGCAGCUAACGUAACCGGCGGCUUCCAACGCGCCCCGACGGGCCCGGCGCCGAUUUGGCUCCUGAGCCAUUCGCGCGUCGAAGUUGGCGGAACUCUCGCACCACAAUGCAUUGCGCGCGAAGAAAAAGGCGCCAACACAACUCCGCAGACGGCUUUUGCGGACGGCGCGCGACUUGGCGAACCUUCUGAGCAUGCUCCGAUGAUAGCAGCCUACGGCGCGCGCGUUGAAGUAUAGAGGGGAUGGCAUCUCGGCUGGCGCAGCGCAACCGACGUAGCGUGGCUGACCGCGAACGACGCUCGCCCACGCGCCGAUAACGUCGGACUAUAAACGGGCCGUAUGGCGUAGCGAUAACGCUAUCCUGACGAUGGCAUUAUGAAAGUUGGAUGUCGAAGUUACAUUGGCUACGAGGGAACGACCGCGAUAUGCAAUAACUACGAAUGCAUGGCGACGACUGUGUGACCAGGGGGGGGACACUCCUCGGUUCCGGUGGCGCAGGAAAUUGGCGCCAUCUGUGCACAGGGCGACGCAAAAAUCCGUUUCCCUUGCAUGGCCUCGUAGAUCAUCGCGCGCACGCGCGCCGAUCCAGGUGGCCAAGCCCUUCCCCCCGCUAGGCUCCUCUCCCUACGCCCUCUCUCGUAAUACACUCUCAACUCCCUCACCUUCGACUGUCUACGCGCCGCGCCGCCGUGCCAUCCCCGCCGGCCCGGCUGCUGCUUAGUCCGCUACGUAACGCUUUAUUUUUGUUAUCUACUGUCAUCGAGAUACGUGCGCUGCUGUGCGUUUACCGACGUGGCUAGUUUAGUCAGUUCUGUGUUCCUCGGUAGCUGUGUGCUUGUGCUCCGCGAUGUUUCACCCGUUUCACGACUCGUACCGCUCGUGCAUCGUGCAGUCGUGCACAAAUACCUCAAAAACAAGCCCUGCAAGGUUGUUCCGGGUGCCCAAAGACAACAGGUGAGCGCUCAGACCCAAGGACAUCAGAAGGCGCAUGUACACGAACACAGCCCUGUCCAUUUGUGUACUCCAUGAGGCUCCGGACGUCGUUGCGCCUUGAUUGUGCUACACUUGCCUCUUCCCGGUAGAGAAAGCUGACAAAUAGAUGUUCCUCCUCAUUGUCACCUGGUCUGUGACUUGUGUUUUUCUGUGCCAAGUCUCAUUCUGCAACUUCAGUAACUUGCCCAGCUUUCCAUACCGCCCUCAGUGCUUUUUCUGUGUAUCACGUUCUACAAACCAACUAACAGCUGAAAAAUUACUGUUAGUGUUUGUGUACUAUCUCAGUAACCCCCGAUGGGAAAACCGCGCGAACAACCUUCAUGUGUAGGCAUGAUACGCUUUUUUUUCCUCUGGAAAGCAUGAGCAUUGCAAGUGUCCUACAUGCAGAUUUUUGCAGUUCAUGUUUAUUAUACAAGGGACAGCCCAGUAGGUACGACUUAGUGCCUUAAGUGACGUAAUUUUACUGCUAAGCAUUGCAUUCGGGUAGAAAGAAGGGUCGUGUUGGCUUGUUUUACCUGGUCUUUGAUUGAGGAAUACGCCUUUCUGCGAAUGUUUUCUAUGUGCUGCUGCAAAAGCCGACUAUCUCCUGUUCCCUUGCCACCUUUACUCAAGUUGUGACCAAGUGCGAAAUAAUGUGAUAAUGUUUGUUUCAGUUUUUAGUACGAUGUUAUUUUUUUCUGCCAUGUUUUUUUCAAUUUGUUCAGUAGUAAUGAACAUGUCAAGCAUUUCAUAUAUUUUCGUGCAGAUCUAUAAGUGAGCUUUCUUUUGGUAUGGCUCUCAAUCAAACAAUGUUAGCAUUUUAUUCUAUCUUUCAGGUGUUUUGCGUGUCCUUGUUUUUGCCAUUACUAGUGAGUUUUCCCUUUUUAUAGUUGUCAUGACUACGUCAUACACGUCGUCCAAUUUUGUGCAAUAUCUUAGUGCACAUAUCAGGAGCUCGUCUACAUUUAGGUCUUGAGGACGUUAUAUAAAAAUGUUGUUUUUAUAUGUGUGUACAUGGAAUGGCCUUCGCGUUUUCUAGCGCUUUCACUGCACGCUUUCUUUUGUUAUUCCACCAUCUGUGAACUUUUGUCUUUAGUACUCUUGUAUAUGUCAUGCACCUCUCACUUUUGCUCAUUUUUGGAGCGUGUAUCACACCACGUUGUAAGAAAAAUCUCUUUUCGGAAACGAAGUCAAUAAAGCGAGGCUAAACAUC